AUGGACCUAUUUCUUUUCUUAUACCAUAUUGGGUUUUUCUUGAUUCAUGGGAGUCUUUAUCUUCUACAUGUCGUCACGUUACUCCUUUACCGCACGUUUGGGUGGUGGCUGUUCCGUCUAGCCGCUUGCCUUCUAGGUACAUCUGCAGAAGGGGAUCACAAUGUUAACUUCCUCCUAACGCAUUCAUUCAGUGAAAGGUCUAUCUUUGCCCUGACGAGCCGGGAGAAUCGGUGGGUGAUGGAUUGGUUCGGGCUAAGCGAGAUGGAAUCCGGUAUAACCCCUAUCGAAUCAUCCCGCACUGUUAAAGAAAUCGAUGCCAAAAGCAAAAUCAAACUCGAUCCCGAUUUAGUCGACAUGUACAUCCCGAAUUAUACGGUGGCUCCUUAUAAUGGGCAUCUGCACACCAUCAUGGGGUCCUGUACUCCUUUUCCGUUCAUAAAAAUGAGCCGAGAGGUGGUGAAGUCGUAUGACCUGAACCGACUCUGCCUGGAUUUUUUCUAUCCCACGCGGAAGGCCGUCGAAAACGGAAUUUACAGCACCGACAAUACGGAUUUAGGACGGGAAACGUUAGAUCCGAGGCUACCCGCGCCGCGGGCUUUUAUUCUGAUGCUUCCCGGGAUCACCGGGAGCUCUCAGGAUAUUUACAUGCGCCGUAUGAUUGCGGUUUUUCUCAAACAAAAUUUUUGCUGUUGUGUGCUCAACAUUCGCGGGAUGAAGGACACCCCAUUAGAAGUUCCGCAAAUCUACAGUGGGAUUUUCACGGCGGAUAUUCGAUUUACCCUCAUGAAAUACCUCCGCGGCGAGCAAAUUCAAUCUCGUCUGGGGAGCCCAAGGCGAGUUCCGAUUUUCGGGAUAGGGUUUUCGCUCGGCGGGGCCAUCCUCUCCAACUACGUGGGGGAGUGCGGAAAGAAAAGCAAGUCCAGUGGGUUGGACGCCGUGAUUAGUAUCUGCGCACCGCAUGAUUUUAUCACCUCGUCGGUCGCGAUGGGGAAAUUAUUUGCGCGGUGGACGUAUAAUCGCAUCAUCACCGAGCGUCUGGUGUCCUACUGCAAGCGGCAUGCAAGAGUGGUCGAAAACUGCUAUGGGAUCGACCACGAAAAGCUUUUUAAAGGCUCCCGCCCUCUUCUCCGGAGUUUGCGGGAUUUAAAGAGUUUUGACGAGCACAUCACGGCCCCACAUUUUGGGUUUAGCAGUGCGAUGGAAUACUAUACGGCGGCGAAUAAUUUUCCGCGGCUGCGGUGCUCGCAAACCCCGCAGAUGUGCGUAAUCACCGCGGACGAUCCGAUCUGUGGGGCGCCGAAGUUGUGGACGGAAUGGGCGAGCCUCGUUCGUGCGCAGACAACGGGGUUGGUUUAUUUGGAAAUGCCCUCUGGUGGGCAUCUCGGCUUUAUCGGGAGUCCUUUUCAGGUUUUUCGUGAGCGGGCUAAUCCUGUGGAAUCGCUUCUGGCGAGGUCGGUUUGUUGUUUUGUGGAUCACUACGAAAAGAUGCAGAUGUCUGUGAAGUCUGAGGCGGGCGUUUGUAAUGGAGAUAUGAAAGAAGAGGGCCAUACCUAA